AUGAACACCCAAGCGCACUUGCCCCAGAUAUCCGACGAAUACGUCUACCUCUUCCUACAUGCUUGCUACUACUCUCAUGAAAAAACAAAAAGCGCUAUUGACAGUUACUUCACCAUCAGGGCGAACCACCCCUCUAUAUUCGCCGACAGAGACGCUUACUCCCCUAGGAUGCAGACUGUACUGGACUUGGGUUACUUAGUUAGGUUACCAAAAACUACACCAGAGGGCUACAGAGUAUUGGUAUAUGCGGUGAGGGACAACGAUCCCACCAAAAUGAACUUCAGCGACUGCAUCAAAGGGUUCUGCAUGUACAACGACUGUGUACUGUCUGAAGAUGGGCUCCAAGAAGGGUAUAUCGUCAUUUUCGAUAUGAAAGGCGUUCAGCUUGGCCACUUGGCUAGGGUUAGUCUUCCAGCCCUUCGUUGUUUCAUGCUCUAUAUCCAGGAAGCACAUCCAUGUAGACUUAAAGGCAUCCACAUCUUGAACACAGCUUCUUGGAUUCAUCACGUGAUGAGACUUGUGGUACCUCUCGUCAGAUCUGAAUUGCUCAAUCUAGUUCAAUUUCACAAAGGCAACGUUCCAGAAGGAUUCCCAUUGGAUCUUCUCCCCAACGAAUAUGGAGGCGAAGCGCCGACAAUGGAAGACCUAGACAAUGAAACGAAGUCCAUGGUCCACAAGUACCAGGAGUGGCUGAUUGAGACGGGCGAAUGGAAAAGUGACGAGUCGAAGAGAGUGAAGAAGGCGUCUUGGUGGGGUCUCUUCAACGGGAGCAAUAAGACGAGCAACGUGGAACUAGACGAGAAAACGAUACUGAAGAAUCUACAAAUCGAUUAGGUUAUUUGAAUUUUCGUCUUAGUUCAUUUUGUAAUCUCCCUAAUUAGGUACUAAGUAACUAACUUUGGUUUCCGUUGUGAGGGUGCUGUACCUAUUUGUACAUUUUUUACUAUGUAAAAAUAACUGUGCUCAAAUAUUUAAUGUUAUUUAGUUGUAUUCUUUUUUAUGUCCUAUUUAAUCUCGCGUUAAAUAAGGGGAUAGGGAUAUUAUAUUUGUAGGUAGUAGUUUCUGUUGGAACAAUAUUUUUGUAAAAUGAAAUAAAAAAAAUAAAUAUUUUUAUUCUG